GAAGACAACCAGUUAUCAAAAGUAUUAAAAGAAGUGCUCGAAGAAAUCUUUAAUAAAUUUGACCAAGAUAAAGAUGGAGCAUUAAAUACAAAGGAAUUAGACAACUUUAUUUUUACUACCAACGGUUCACAUCCACCACCUGCAUUUUUACGUCAAAUGGGAUUACGCUUUGGUGCCAAUGCAAAAGGAUGGUUAACGAAAGAAGGCUUUUUAGAAUUUUAUUUAGAGCAAACGUUAGAUGAUCCAUCAGAAACUAGGAAUGAUUUAGGCACUCAUGGCUAUGAUCCUCAAACUUUAAGAAAAAAAAUGGAAGAAUAA